AUGCUUGCUUGGCUUGUGAAGGAGGUGGAGAGCCCGUAUGGCGACGUCGCAACUCUGCACUGGGCGGUGCCUGACGCGGACGACAACGCGGAAGUUAACGCGCUCAAUUCCACCGCUUUGCAGGUGGAGCUGGAGAGUGCGGAGGAUCAGCUUGGGGCUGUCCUGUGGAACAGCAACAGUGCGGCUCUCCGCCACCUUCACACACAUGUCUUCAACCUGCCCCCUUCCUCCUCGUCAUCGGCAGCCCUGGCGCCCCCAGCGAUUCCGCUGGCUGGGAAGAGCAUUGUAGAACUCGGCGCCGGUGUGGGUUGCCUUGGGAUCGCCCUCGCCAUGGCAGGUGCACGUGUCUUCAUCACCGACUUGAAGGAACUCCUACCGCUGAUAGAGCACAACGUGCGCCUGAACGAGAAGCGGGUGCAGGCUCGCAGCCGCGGUGUUGGCCACUGCACCGCUUUCCAGUGGAAGUGGGGACCCACCGUGAGCACUAUGGUCCAUAAGCAGCUGCAGAAAGCGGUGGCGGCGGUGCAGAUCCCCGACCAGCAACAGCGACAACACUUUCCACGCAGCAACGCAACGCUGUCAGCGAAACUUGCGCUCUCACACUCUGUGGAUCGUGUCGUGUCUUCUAUGGUGUCGUCCCUGUUGGCGCCGUCUGCGUUCCUGGCGAAGUGCGAGGAGGCACUGCGGUCAGUUGCAGCGGUGUCGUCAUCCACCACCGCGGUCGCCACCGACACGCCACUGAAGACGCCGUUUCACUACGUAAUCCUGUGUGAUGCACUCUACGGGAACCCAAAGGACUGGCCAGCGUUGCUUUACACGCUGACGGAACUGAUGGCGACGAACCCGGACGAGUGCGAAAUCGUCAACUUCUGCGAGCAGCGCGUGAAUGAUGUGGAGGGAGCUUUUCUGAAGCUGCUGGAUGCGGAAAACGGGAAGAAGUUUGUGCCGAUGGAGAACAGGCAGCGCGAUGGCGACGCCAUGUGGACUGAAGUUCUUGAUUGUGCGACCCGGUGCUGCAAGUCGUCGUCGACCUCAGCGGUGGAACAACACAAGCAGCGCGAAGAAGCAGCGAACUCGCUGCUGAGCUACGUCCUCGUACAACGUCGUGGCGCAUACCGAUGGGUGUACAAGACGAAGGUGCUGCAGGAUGCGCAGAGCGAGCUGAACAUGGUCAUACGUGUCACGCGAAUUCGGUGGACGUGCACGGAGGUCGUGAAAGGGGAAAAGGUGACCCAGCACCACAGCGGUGGCGUCGGCCAUCAUGCGACAACAUCGAGCGCUAUAUUCGGCGUGCCCAAACCGCCACGUCGUCGUCGGUCUCGCGAUGAUAGCAUUGGUGAGAACGGCUCUGCCGCCGCAACCGACGCACAGGCACCAUCAGAGAGCGUUGCCCCGAACGUGAACAAGAAGAAGCGGCGCCAUGGGGACGUACAUCACCGCUGA